UCUACGCAUGAGCUUUGCUCGCCAACGUCGACUACAACUGCGAUCAGGGAUUUCUAUUGUAGAAUCAGUUUUAGCCGAUCAUACUGUAUUGUCUUUGAUAUAAGCGCCAUGGAUGAGAUAUGAAAAAAAGAAAGGAACACGAUUGCCAUCUAGUGGAGAACGGGUUAAUCGUGUUGAAGUCCUUUGCCAGUACCGUCGUACAUAGAAGAGCUUAAUCUCUAUUACAAUACGGCAAUUUGCCCUCAGUUGUGAGAUCAGACAUGGCGUCUUCAUUGAUUUGCAGUGAAACACAGAGCAGAGUAAGCUCGGUUUUAAACAGAGAUGUCAAGCAAUUUGGGAAGAAGUACAUGUUUGACUCAAAUGAAGAAACUUGCUGGAACUCUGACCAGGGUGAUUUUCAGUGGGUUACUCUUGAAUUCCCACAGCCCGUCAGAGUGUCUGAAUUGAAGGUGCAGUUCCAAGGAGGCUUUUCAGGAAAAACAUGCAGAUUGGAAGGAAGCCCAAAAGCUGGAGAAUUGGCAAAAAUCACACAUUUUUACCCUGAAGACAACAGCUCACUACAAAGCUUUCCCAUUCAGGAGGCCCACAUGGUGCACAGGCUAAAAAUAGUGUUUGAGAACAGUGCUGACUUUUUUGGGCGAAUAAUUGUUUACUCCUUGGAUGUCCUGGGGGAAAGAUCUUUGUGACGUUUUUGUUUCUGCAUGAGAGAGAGCGAGACCUAUAGGGAAAGAGGGUGUAGUAACAUUGAAUAACAUGACUGCUGGAAGACUGUACCACCCACAUGAACGUUGGAAUGGGAACCAUAUGACUAUUUUUGGUGAGGACAUUUUUAGUUGGUCACCUGCUUGCAUCACAGAAACAACAAGGGGAUAAAGGAGGACUCUGAAUCUGGAUUUGUUAUUGCAGCUUUACAGGCUUUAAGGUCACGUAACCACAUGCCUAUUGACAUGUUCUUGUGCCUUAUUUGAUUUGCCAUUCCAAAUGAACAUUGUAAAAUUCUUAAGCAAUUUGUUUUUAUUGGUUUACAAUCACUUCAUUUUUUGAAAUAGUUAUUUAAACUUAGUAUGAUUGUCGUUAAAAAAAAUACACAAAUGUCCUUAAUAUACAAAACAUUUGAGAGGGUGCUUACCUUUUUGUGUCUGAUGGAAUCUGGAAUCUGCCUCAAUGUUCAUGUCUGCCCCUUCUAUCUGAAUUCAAAUCACAUUACCAUGUUUAUUUGUGCCACUGAGAUGACUAAUGUACUUUGGUUUUGGAAAUGACCUUCAUUUCAAUUAAUUUAUCGUGUGCAGGGGUAUGAAGCAUCAUACCUAAGAGGGCCUUGGCAUAGCUUAUGUGGUUCCCGCAAACAGCGUAGAGGAGUACCACCAUUCUUAUUAAACAUGACAGACAUCCA